AUGAUCGUCUUACAAGCCGUAUCGCUUAAUAUUGCGGUCUUCGGAUAUAUCGCCUACCUGGUACUGAUGCGGCGCUAUGAUGGACGAGCCGCUGUCUUCUGCAUUAGCGUCCUGGGCUGGCUAAUGGCUGCUGCACUCCUGUUUAGCAUCAUCGGUGUUGCCGUGGAGCGACACCGCUACCUCUAA